GGCGGCAGCAGCUCGCGGGCUCUGGUUCCUUUCCCAGGUAGCUCGCGAGGCAGGCUCAGCGGUCCCUGCUGCAGCCUGCGGGCGGUGUGACCUCCUGCCUGCCCAACUCCGCAUCCCUGCACACUGGCUCUUAUAAGGGACGACGGGUGAACAGCUCCUCCGGGGGCUGCUGCUGCUACUGAGAAAGGAAGCAGCCCGAGAGGUGCUAAAAUGCAGUGAGUGACCAGAGGAUAGAAGAGGACUAAGAAACACAACCGGCCAAUCCAGAAACAGAGCAUGUCUACAGCACCUGAAGAAUUGAGAGUUUGUUGUAUAUUAAAUAAGUCUCUCUGUUUAGUCACUACUAAGAACUUAGCAGGAUGGAACUGAAAGAAGGAAAUCGGCUGACACAGGAGCCCGAGUGAGACUGACACUCCUUUCUGAAACCAACACCAUGGAUUUGCAUCUCCCUUUGGUGCUUUAAGAUCCAACCCAAGGAAAGAAGCAGCUCCUUGGGAGCCAUGGCUUUCUUUGCUCCAUGGAAGUUAUCCUCUCAGAAACUAGGGUUUUUCCUGGUGACUUUUGGCUUCAUUUGGGGUAUGAUGCUUCUGCAUUUUACCAUCCAGCAACGAACUCAACAUGAAAGCAGCUCAAUGCUUCGUGAACAAAUAUUGGACCUCAGCAAAAGGUACAUCAAAGCUCUGGCAGAAGAAAAUAGGAACGUGGUGGAUGGACCCUACGUUGGUGUGAUGACAGCUUAUGAUCUGAAGAAAACUCUUGCUGUCUUAUUGGACAAUAUUUUGCAACGUAUUGGCAAGUUGGAAUCAAAGGUGGACAAUCUUGUGAUCAAUGGCACUGGAGCAAAUUCAACUAAUACCACCACAACCGCUGUUCCCAGCAGUAUAGCAGCAUUUGAGAAAAUUAGUGUAGCAGAUAUCAUUAAUGGAGCUCAAGAAAAAUGUGAAUUGCCUCCUAUGGAUGGCUUCCCACACUGCGAAGGGAAAAUCAAGUGGAUGAAAGAUAUGUGGAGAACAGAUCCCUGCUACGCAAAUUAUGGUGUGGAUGGAUCCACGUGCUCUUUUUUUAUUUACCUCAGUGAGGUUGAAAAUUGGUGUCCUCAUUUACCUUGGAGAGCAAAAAAUCCCUAUGAAGAACCAGAUCAGAAUUCAAUGGCUGAAAUUCGUACGGAUUUUCACCUACUCUAUGGAAUGAUGAAACGGCAUGAAGAAUUCCGAUGGAUGAUACUAAGGAUCCGAAGAAUGGCUGAUGCAUGGAUUGAAGCAAUUAAAUCACUGGCAGAAAAGCAAAACCUUGAAAAGAGAAAACGGAAAAAAAUUCUCGUUCAUCUGGGACUCCUGACCAAGGAAUCUGGCUUCAAGAUUGCAGAGAAUGCAUUUAGUGGAGGCCCACUUGGUGAAUUAGUUCAGUGGAGUGAUUUAAUUACAUCUCUCUACUUACUGGGCCAUGACAUUAGGAUUUCAGCUUCACUGGCUGAGCUCAAGGAGAUAAUGAAGAGGGUUGUAGGUAAUAGAUCUGGCUGCCCGACUGUUGGUGACAGGAUUGUGGAACUCAUUUAUAUUGAUAUCGUGGGACUUGCUCAAUUUAAGAAAACUCUUGGCCCUUCCUGGGUUCAUUACCAGUGCAUGCUCCGAGUACUGGAUUCAUUUGGUACUGAACCAGAAUUUAAUCAUGCUAAUUAUGCCCAGUCUAAAGGUCAUAAGACCCCAUGGGGAAAAUGGAACCUUAAUCCUCAACAAUUUUAUACAAUGUUCCCCCACACACCUGACAACAGCUUUCUGGGAUUUGUGGUAGAACAGCACCUGAAUUCAAGUGAUAUCAAGCACAUUAAUGAAAUCAAAAGGCAAAAUCAGUCCCUUGUAUAUGGCAAAGUUGAUAGCUUCUGGAAGAAUAAGAAGGAGUACUUGGACAUCAUUCACACAUAUAUGGAAAUACAUGCAACUGUUUAUGGAUCUAGCACUAACCACAUGCCAAGCUAUGUGAAGAAUCAUGGAAUCCUUAGUGGACGAGAUUUACAGUUUCUUCUCAGAGAAACCAAGUUGUUUGUCGGACUGGGGUUCCCAUAUGAGGGUCCAGCUCCACUUGAGGCUAUCGCUAAUGGAUGUGCAUUCCUGAACGUCAAAUUUAACCCACCAAAAAGCAGCAAAAACACGGACUUUUUUAUAGGCAAACCAACCCUGAGAGAGCUAACUUCUCAGCAUCCUUAUGCUGAAGUUUUCAUUGGGCGACCACAUGUCUGGACCGUGAACCCAACUGAUCAUCGUGAAGUAGAGAAUGCAGUAAAAGCAAUUUUAAAUCAAAAGAUUGAACCUUACAUGCCAUACGAGUUCACAUGUGAAGGGAUGCUGCAAAGGAUGAAUGCAUUUAUUGAGAAACAGGAUUUCUGUCAUGGACAAGUUAUGUGGCCACCACUUAGUGCUCUGCAGGUGAAGCUCUCUGAACCUGGGAAAUCAUGCAAACAAGUCUGCCAAGAAAACCAACUCAUCUGUGAGCCAUCUUUCUUCCAACACCUCAACAAGGACAAGGAUGUGCUCAAGUACGAGGUGGUGUGCCACACAACAGAACUGGCCAAUGACAUCCUGGUGCCCUCCUAUGAUGACAGGAAAAAACAUUGUGUGUUUCAAGGUGAUCUGUUGCUGUUCAGCUGUGCAGGAGCCCACCCCAAGCACAAGAGAAUAUGCCCUUGCAGGGACUAUAUCAAAGGCCAAGUAGCUCUCUGUCAAGACUGCCUAUAGCAGCACAAGCCCCAGGCCCCGACUGAUUCAACUGGGAAGGAACAUGGCUAGAGGCGGGAAGGGAGAAAGUAGUACAAGGACUGGCCCCACUACCAGAACUCUUUGGCCUUUUAGUUUAGAUUUUGGUUUUGCUACAGACGGAACAAUAAUGAAGUUCUAACGGGCAACAAAAUAGAGACAGACAGUGCAGUGGACUGACUUCUUCAUGUUUGGGAUUUUUAAAAAAAACUCUUCAGUGAGCAACUGUGGUGAGACUCCUACAGAACCAUCCAGCUGCUCUUGGGUAAAAAUACAUGAAGUUCCAUGCUUCAUUAAAAAAAAAAAAAAGUUAAGAUAAUUAUGAAGAAUCUUGUGUGGGAAAAAUUCCUAAAUUCAUUAACUUAUUUAUUUGUGGGAGGGUUAGGGAGGGUUAGGGAAGGAAGGGAAUGAAUAAUGCAUUUUUUUCCCUUCAACUGUCCAUCUUCCACUUUCACUAAAUAGCAUUCCAGUGGAGUUUGGGAUGGCAGAGGAAGGGAAGGAAGUGCCAAGAUUUUGAUGUACAGUUGUAGUCAAGGAAUUAGAUUGAGAGGAACACUGAAAAGGUUCCCAAAAAGUGACAAAUUGUAGAACAGACAAAAGUCUUUGCUGUUUAAAACCAAAUGGUACACUCCAAGGCAUCAGUCUGCUCUCCUGGACAUCUCUUCCACAAAAGUGAGAGAGAUGGUUCAGGCAAUUGAGAAAAGCAUCAGUUUUAUGUUUGAGAUUAGCAGUGCUUGGGGAGUGACCCGUGAUCUAGAGCCCAAACCCAUCAGGUGGUGCAAAUUUACCAGAGAAAGAUCUCUCUUCUCCUUCAGCUCCAGUAAUAUAUACAUAUAUAUAUAACAAUACAAGGAAUCAAUGUUGUAUCAAUAAUAUUAAUGUUAGCUUGCCAGUUUGCCAUACUUUCCCUUCACCUAAAAUUUACUAAAUAGAGUGGGAGAGGAGAAGGUUUUUGAAACUAAAAAAUCCACCCUAAGACUUAAAGACCAACUAGCCUUUGGCUGUGAGGGAAGUAGUUGAUGUAAAACCGUAUGGAGAGAGGAGUUAUGUUAUGACAUCAAGAAAGAAAAGAAUCUGUUUACUCCUCCUGAUCACAACAUAUUCUAAAGAUUCAGGUUGGGUGAUAUUUUUUCCAUAGCAUCUAGUAUUACAAUGAAGGGAAAGAAGAAAGACAAGACAACGAUUGUAAAUGAUUCCACCUGAGUCUUCACUUUGGAGAGUUCUUGAAUGGUGGAAUUUUGUUUUGGUUUUAUGAAUCAAGCAAAGCUCUUUGUGGAUGCUUGUUGCAAAGCUAAGAGGAAAGGAUGAAUGAAUAGAAUAGAGGUAACUUUGCUUGUAUACAUCUAGGAGGGCUUCACCUUAUUUAGCCCUAGGAAUCUCCUCUCGUCCAAAAGUUCAGUCUAUUCAGCUCUUUAUCACACUGUUGGCUGUUUUGAUUAACUUAUCAGUUUCCUAAAAAAGCCACCAACCUCUCUGAAGUGGGGUUGGGAAGGGAAGAUGGUCCCUGGUUCUCUCCUUAUCUGAAUUAACUAUGGUCCCACAAAGUUCUGUGAAUUUCCAUAUGGCUGGUUGACAGUUUAGUGUCUAAAAUAAAGUGCUGUUGAAUUUAUGUUUCCUGAUGGGAAGAUGAAAGAGUUUAAGUGUAUUUUGUCAAAGGAGAAUGGACCUUGGGAACAUCGUGAGAUGUCCCUUCCCUAUCUCUCAUUUCCCAUUGGAGCUCUAAGAAUUCUAAGCAAAAAAAGUGGCUUUUCUUUGUGACUAGUUCAGCAGGACAAACAGAUGUGACUGUCCUUGCCACUCAGAUUUUAGAAAUACUCAGGUCAUUCUGGGAGCGCUUGGCUUCUGUACGCUCGACGCCCACUGCUGUGGUUCGUAGAAUUAGUAGACAAAAAAGGGAAGGAACCCUUGCUAAUGAGCCUUUGUGUCGGCAAAGUUUGAUUUCCCUCUGCCUUUGUGACCCUAUUCCUUUAAUGGAUGACCUCAGCUCUGCGUGGGCUGCCGGAGAAUCAGAGUUUGGAUUGCUUUCUUCGCUCUCCCUGCUCCCACACCCGGACCUGGGGAGUCGCAGGAAAAGAUCCCCACCAUCAGCGUUUAACGGAGGAGCCUAAGUUACAGCUUUGCUUUGCUUGGGCCUUGCGCUGAGGGUUAUACCGCGCCCGGGAGGGAUCAAUCCCUCGGCAUAAAUGUGCACCGUCCAGCUGGGGGUCUGUGCAGGUGCGCCCCCGCCCCCGUCGCUGUGACACGUCAGGCCCCUAGCACCUACAUUGGAAAGGUGGGACCAUCUGCUGCUUGCCUUGUUCGGCUCCCCGCUAGUUCCCCGCCCCGUAGACAAGCUGACACUGCCAUCUAGUGAGCGUCCUGUUCCAGAAGCCAGGCGGCCGCCAGUGCUGCGCGGAGGCCAGCAGAGGGCGCCCCUGCUGACGGGAGGCGGAGGCGGGCCUUCCCGGCGCUCUGCCACUUUUCCCCCCCGCGCGGUUCUCCUUUCUGGGCCGGGGAUGAAGCUGGCCGCCAGCACGCGGCCGCAGCGCUUCCGUGCCGUUUUCAUUAGGGUAGCGCCCGCUGUCCGACAGCCGAGAGAAGCCGCUGCUGCUUUGAAAAUUCUGAGAUGAAAUGAUUCCAGUCCCUUUUUUUUAAUCCCCAACCACACACUGGAUGUAGGUCUGAGAGGAGAUUUCUUGCCUUCUCUUUUUGUCACCCUGCAGAGCGUUACAAUGAAGAGCACUAGUCAGAGGCUGAAUAGGCCCAAGUCGGGGUCCCAGCUCCGCCGUUUGUCGCUUAGCGACCUUGGGAAAGCCUUCGCUGUCUGAUUGGCACCCCAAUACUUGAACUACCUACCUCACAGGGUUGUUGUGAGGACUAGCUUUGUAACCUUCCUGGGAGUCUCGGGGUCAACCAGCGAGUGGCCCGAGGUACUUUUCCCCUACCCGGGCAUGAGAUUUGGACCUAUGUCUCCUUCAUGAGGACCAAGGUUCGAACUGGAAUCAGCCGAGUUUCAAGAGCAUUCAAGAUGCGGUCAAUUGGCUCUUGAAGGAGAUGGGUGACAACUUUCUGUUAUUUCCCUUCCUCACCCUCCCCUUCUGGGAAAGGCAAAAGGGUUGACUUAUGUUGUAAGUGAUAGAUCAGCCCUUUGGGAGGGACAGUCAGAAGGGCCCCUCCCCCCCACCCUUUUGGGCAGGGAGUUUUCAGAUCCCUGCCCUUAACUUUAGUGUCUGUGCCAAUUGCGGGCCUAGAUGGAAUCCUAAGCAAAUUUGUAGUCAUUGAUAAUGUGUGUUGGGGGGAGGGGGGAAGGGAUGCAAACCCCUAAGCAUAACCAAUGUUAUCCUAAGCUGUAAGCAUAGCUCUCCUAGACUUUCCUUUCUGUUUUUUGUAUCUUUUUUUGUUCCAAGUGACUUCUGAUUUUUUCAUGGUGAUCCUAGGGUCUUAGGAAAUUUAAGGAAAAAAAUUAACAUAAUUUAUUAAAGAUGGUUAACAGAAAAAAAAAAAGUUUACCUUUGAAAGGUAAAAUGGAGAAAUAGACACUGUUUUUAAAUGCCAAUAAGAACCUCAUUUAUUUCAUAUAUGCAACUUGAUUUGCACAUUUAUGAAGAGGCUUUCUGCAUUUUUACUUAGAUUUUUUGUUGCUGCUGCUGCCCAUAACUUGUUCCUUUCUUGAACGUGGCCUCGUGCUUAGAAAUGUCAGAUUCUGUUUCCUAGGCUAUAUUUAUUGUUUAAAUCAUGUGCCUUUUCAUUUUUCUUUGGGGUUAUAUGUUGGGAGCCAGAUGCUAUUUGAAGGAGUAUAAUGGAACACUAGUUCUGCCACAUGACUCUACCUUGUUCUAAAUGUAGAUAUAUGUAGCAUGUGUUCUUCAAAAUGCCCUUUCUGUCCCCACAAAUGAACAAAGCAGGAAAAAAAAAUAUAUGAGAAAAAUUGAUUGUCAUCAUUCUUUCCAAAUGUUCACUCUCUGGGGUCUCCCCUUGGUCAAAUAUCCUCAUCAAGAGAACCUUGAGUGAGAAAGUGGAGUUCAUAUUUAAUUCUCAAUCUCCUGGUGAGAGGACGAAGAAAGGGUAACCCCCUCCAGGGGAUCAAAGCAUGACCUUUAUAAAAUGGCUACUUUGAGUGGAUAGGCAUUAAAAGAUCAACCUCAGAUCUACUAAGAUUUUCAAAGUUUGGCUGUAAGAUAUUAGCUUAUUGGCUACAUAAUAGGAAAAAGAAUAACUUCCGGGGUCAGGGAGUGUUAUUUUUUAAGUAUUUGCAAGACCUAAGGAAAGAAUGAUUUUUUAUAAAGUAGAAGUAGAGAUUUAUCUCAACCCUUCAAUGAGUUUCCAGAUGAAUUUUAGAAGAAUACUAAAGAGUUAAGGAUCUAGCUGAAAAUGUUUACAAUUACAUGAUCUUUAAACAAGACCAAUUUAAGUCAUUCUCCUGGGGACUAUUUCUAAAGGCCUGGCUGGUUUUCCUCAACAUUUUACCCUCUCUCACAAUACUAGAUUGUGGCUAAACCUGGGAGAGAAACUCUUUGGCUUUCCCCAUAAAUGUAUAGGGGUUUGUUUUCAUGAAAAAUUCUCAAUUGUUAGACAAUUGCUUUUUUUUUUUUUUUUUUUAACGACAGGCUCUAUUGUGUAUGUUUCUAUCCUAAGCCUGGAUUAUUUUAUUUAUUAAUUAAAAGCAUAUUUAAAUUCAUUUAACAGCUUUCUUCAAGCCCCAUCCAUUCUUGUAUGGCUAUAAAGCAUCUUCAUUGGAAGAGACAAACAAAUGGAAAUAGAUUCUCAUGUAAUUUGAGAAGCUAGCAAUUUCCCACAGCUGAAGUAAACUGUCUUUGAUUAUUGUUGGCACCAAGGGAAAUGGAAAACCAGAUUUUCAAUGGCUAAAAGGCCACGUUUUCUCUGUGGUUCAUUCCAAAAAGUUAUAUAGGACCAAGUGAUUCCUUAACACUAAAGGCUCUUCCAUAACAUUAAAUACAAUAACAAUAAAUACACUCCAUAUAUAUUAAUCUGAAAGUGUCUAAAUGAAAAUACUAUUCUUGACUGACUUAGUAGGGAUUAUCCAUCUAGAUUGCCCUAAAUCCUUGACUUUGCUAAUAUAAAUUCUAACUGAGGGGUUUCUAAUACUUUGUGACCUGAAACAGGUUGGUUCAUUUGAAAUAUUUAGCAUAUCAGCCCUAAAUGAAACAAGAACUUGGGGAUGGGUCUCUCUUGUACACAGAUAGACUUUCACCCAUAAGUUGUUUUCAAAACCAUUUUGCAAAUUUUUUCUUUAAUCUUUAAAGUAUCCUCUGCCUUGUAGAAGUUGUAUAUUGAAUGAAAAGCACCUUUUCAGUCAAUGUUGAUUUAGCUUUCCCUGCUGAAUUUCAAAUAAAUGAGACUUUAUUAUAUUUCGGAUUUUCAAUAUAGAGAUGAUCUCUUUCUCCCUGCUUUUUUAGGGUAUCCCACUGCCCCCUGCUGGAUGGGGGGAAUCCAUAAGUACCCAGUAUGAGAAGUCAUAUCACCAUAAUUGGAUUCUAGGUUGUUAGUCAUCUCAUGGUCUUGGCACCAAACUUAAGGAAACUAAAGUUUUGUUUGUAGUUGCUCAGGUCCCAAAGGAGACUGGAUUCUGGAAAUUGCCUUUAAAGGUGGUAUAAACAUAAUGUUGGAUGUUAAACAUAAUGUUGGAUGUUACCUCUCCAAAGCAUAAUUCCAAAUAGGACAAGAACUAGACAAGGUUAUUAACAUUCUUGAAAAUCAGUUGUUAUUGAGAUGCCAGUUCAUUUUUUUCUCCCUGUUUUCUAGAUUUUCCUUAUCUGAUAAAUCUGCCUGCUAAUGCUCAUGAAGGAACAUCUAGAUUUUAAAAGCUAUUUCUGUUUCAGGCUCCACCUCAUAUGAUUAUAAUUAAAAGAUAUAGAAACACCAGUUAAUCCCUUGAUAUAAAAACCUUGACUGCAUCUUCAACUAAAUGAACAUUUUUGUAUUCCAUCCCAACCUUGAACUUGGACAGUCAGCCCAACCUACUGGAUGGGGAUUUGUAGGCAAGUGAAGAAUCUUUUAGGGGAGCCACAUUUAUUUUUAGAAGGAUAUCAGAAAAUCAAUAUCUGAUAUUGCCAAUUUUACCUUUGUAAAUGGUGCUUUUAGAAGAAUGGGAGAGAGGAGAAAGAUAUGUAAGUCAAAAAUGUUAUGGGCAAAGGCUUGUAAUUGAGGCACAAUGGAGAACCCAUAGUCUAAAGGGGGUCUAGCUAGAUGAAAUUCUGCCAUCCAUCUUCAUGUACCUCAGAAUCAACUGAUAUCAGUCAUAGAUAGCAAACUUCAGGACAGCUGGAAUCCAUGAAAUUUGGGGGUUUGUUUUUGUUUUUAACCAGUCUGCCCAGGUAUUAAAAGCAAUGGGUUUGUGAUGCCAAAGGAUGUAACAUCCCUUUCACUAUAGUUUGAAUUCAUAACCUUGAUACUUUUAAGCUUAGUUUAAAUAUGCAGACUGGUGUGUUCCACUAUACUCUUCAAGCAGCUCACAGCUCACCAAAUACUGGUUACAACUAUUUCCUAUUGUUCAGUUCCUGAGGUUUAAUAGUCCGGGAUUCUAAAAAUAAAGUGUAAAUGUCUGAAUGUACUUUACUGGCAUAGAAAGCAAUGCUUGUUUUUCACUGUUGUAGAGAAAACUAGGGAGAACUUUAUUUUUCAAUAAACUUUUUUCUUGUGUGA